UGCGCCUAUCAACACUAACACAAGAAGCUCGCUAGAGUUAAGAUGGCGGCAUGUGGGUGAGGAGGCAGGGAUCCAAACUCUUGGGUUUUCUUUCGCAAUCAAAAGACUCCUAUGAACGCCCACACCUACAAAAUCUGAAGGGAUAACAGUUUCCACACCUUUAACGCAUCCGUGUGGGAUUUCGGACUGACUCCAUGACAUCUAUUCACUUCGUUGUUCACCCGUUGCCCGGGACCGAGGAUCAGCUCAAUGACAGGCUCCGUGAAGUCUCGGAGAAACUCAACAAAUACAGCUACAACAGUCAUCCGCAUCUUAGUCUGCUGGAGCAGGCCACCUUAAAGCAGUGCGUUGUUGGUCCUAACCAUGCUGGAUUUCUCCUUGAGGACGGACGAGUGUGCAGAAUCAGCUUCGCUGUUCAGCCCGAUCGCCUGGAGCUCAGCAAACCGGAUGGCAGCGAUGGUUCAAAGUUGAGCAGUGGUUCAGGGACAGGAAGGAGCUCCAGACCAGGCAGGACCAGUGAUCCACCCUGGUUCCUGUCUGGUUCUGACACACUGGGCAGACUGGCAGGCAACACCCUUGGGAGCCGCUGGAGUUCCGGGGUUAAUGGAGGCAGUGGAGGAGGUGGAAGCGGAGGAGGAGCCGGAGGCGGCGGCGCAGGAGGCGGCAGCAGCGGCGGAGGAGGAGGAGGAAGCGGAGGCAGUGGUGGCGGAGGCGGGGGUACGUCUGGCAGGUCGUCAACGGCGGCUCGCGACUCCCGGCGCCAGACUAGAGUUAUCCGAACAGGAAGGGACCGUGGCUCUGGGCUUCUGGGUAGCCAGCCACAACCAGUCAUACCAGCAUCUGUCAUUCCAGAGGAGCUAAUUACGCAGGCCCAGGUAGUCCUACAGGGGAAAUCCAGGAGUGUUAUCAUCAGAGAACUCCAGAGGACUAACCUAGACGUCAACCUCGCUGUCAACAACCUGCUGAGCCGUGAUGAUGAAGAUGGAGAUGACGGCGAUGACACGGCGAGCGAGUCCUACCUCCCAGGAGAAGACUUGAUGUCCCUGUUGGAUGCGGACAUCCACUCAGCUCAUCCCAGCGUCAUUAUUGAUGCCGACGCCAUGUUCUCUGAGGACAUCAGCUACUUUGGCUACCCGUCUUUUCGGCGCUCCUCUCUGUCACGGCUCGGAUCUUCCAGAGUUCUCCUUCUUCCCCUAGAGCGUGACUCAGAGCUGUUGCGCGAGCGCGAGUCUGUAUUGAGGUUACGCGAGCGCCGGUGGCUCGACGGGGCUUCGUUCGACACGGAACGAGGUUCGACCAGCCGCGAGGGCGAGCCCAGCCUCGACAAGAAGAGCAUCCCUGUCCAAAGCCCCGUGUCUCUGGGGGAGGAGCUGCAGUGGUGGCCCGACAAGGACGGAGUGAAGUUUGUGAGCAUUGGAGCCUUGUUCUCAGAGCUGGUCGCCGUGAGUUCCAAAGGAGAGCUUUAUCAGUGGAAAUGGAGCGAGCCUGAACCAUACAGGAACGCACAGAAUCCUUCCAUUCAUCACCCUCGCGUUUCCUUCCUGGGCUUGGCUAAUGAGAAGAUCACAUUACUGUCUGCUAACAGCAUCAGAGCCACUGUAGCAACAGAGAGCAACAAGGUGGCCACCUGGGUGGAUGAUACGCUAAGCACCGUGGCCUCUAAGCUGGAGCACAGCGCCCAGGCUUUCCCUGAGCUGCAGGGGGAACGCAUGGUGUCGCUGCACUGCUGUGCACUUUACACAUGUGCUCAGCUGGAGAACAGCCUCUACUGGUGGGGCGUUGUGCCUUUUAGUCAAAGAAAGAAGAUGCUUGAGAAGGCAAGAGCUAAGAACAAAAAGCCAAAGUCUAGUGCUGGCAUCUCCUCCAUCCCCAACAUCACUGUGGGAACACAGGUGUGUUUGAGGAAUAACCCCCUCUACCAUGCCGGUGCAGUGGCCUUUUCUGUCAGUGCCGGAAUCCCUAAAGUGGGCGUCUUGUUGGAGUCUGUUUGGAACAUGAACGACAGCUGCAGGUUCCAGCUGCGCUCGCCGGAGAGCCUGAAAAACUUGGAGAAGACUACAAAGACCCAGGAAAUCAAGAUGGAAAGUAAGCCUGAGCUGGUGAAGACUGAGAUGGGUCCUCCUCCAUCCCCUGCAUCCACCUGUAGUGAUACCUCUUCCAUUGCUAGCAGUGCCUCACUGCCCUACAAGCGCAGACGUUCAACCCCAGCUCCAAAAGAGGAAGAAAAAGUGAACGAAGAACAGUGGCCUCUCAGGGAGGUGGUCUUUGUGGAAGAUGUUAAAAAUGUUCCUGUUGGAAAGGUGUUGAAGGUGGACGGCGCCUACGUGGCUGUGAAGUUUCCUGGAACAUCGAGUAGCAUGACGAACCAAAGUGCUGCUCCUCCUCCGGACUCCGAUCCGUCCUCACUGUUACAGGACUGUAGGCUCCUCAGAAUAGAUGAGCUGCAGGUGGUCAAAACUGGUGGGACUCCAAAAGUUCCCGAUUGCUUCCAGCGAACUCCCAAGAAGCUCUGUAUCCCAGAGAAGGCUGAAAUUCUGGCUGUGAAUGUUGACUCCAAAGGAGUCCAUGCAGUUCUAAAGACCGGUAACUGGGUAAGGUACUGUAUCUUUGACCUGGCCACAGGCAAAGCUGAGCAGGAGAAUAACUUUCCUACAAGCAACCUGGCCUUUCUGGGGCAGAAUGAGAGCAAUGUGGCGAUUUUUACUGCCGGGCAGGAGUCUCCCAUCAUCCUUCGGGAUGGGAAUGGCACACUCUACCCUAUGGCUAAAGACUGCAUGGGUGGAAUCCGGGAUCCUGAUUGGUUGGACCUGCCUCCCAUAAACAGCCUGGGGAUGGGGGUUCACUCUCUGGUCAAUCUGCCGUCUAACUCCACCAUUAAAAAGAAAGCUGCUAUAAUUAUUAUGGCUGUUGAGAAACAGACGCUGAUGCAGCAUGUCCUGCGCUGCGACUACGAGGCUUGUCGGCAGUACCUGAUGAACCUGGAGCAGGCCUUCCUUCUGGAUCAGGGCAGCCAGAGCCUCGGAGCACUUCUGGGUCAUCGAUGUGACGGAAACCGUAACAUCCUCCAUGCUGCUGUUUCCGUCUGCUUCCCCGUUAGCAACAAAGAGACCAAAGAGGAGGAAGUUUUUUGCUUUUCAGAAGCUGAAAGGUCAGAGCGAAACACGUUUGCAGAGCGUCUUUCUGCUGUAGAAGCAAUCGCCAACGCCAUUUCUGUGGUGUCCAGCAACAGCUCUGGAAACCGGACCGGCUCCUCCAGUAGCAGAGGGCUUCGAUUAAGGGAGAUGAUGCGGAGGUCUCUCAGAGCGGCCGGUCUGGGCCGCCAUGAAUCUGGUCCAACAUCCAGUGACCAUCAGGAUCCUGUCUCCCCACCCAUUGCCCCGCCCAGUUGGGUCCCAGACCCUCCACCAAUGGACCCUGAUGGUGACAUUGAUUUCAUCCUAGCACCAGCAGUUGGUUCACUCACCACAGCAUCCUCUGGUUCUAACCAGGGCCCCAGCACUUCCACCAUACCAGGGCCGUCAACCGAGACAUCUGCAGUGGAGUCUAAGGACAGGAAGGCCAAUGCUCACCUUAUUCUAAAGCUGAUGUGUGAUAGUGUUGUUCUCAGGCCACACCUAUGGGACCUCCUCUCUGCAAAGGAUGCCAGAGGAAUGACACCUUUCAUGCUGGCUGUCAGCGGAAGAGCCUACCCUGCUGCCAUUACUGUGCUGGAAGCAGCUCAGAAAAUAGCCAAGAUGGGUGACACAGGCAUGGGGGAGAAAGAGGACGCAGAUUCUAUGUUCAUGGAAAUGAUUUGCCCGUCUGGAACCAACCCAGAUGAUUCUCCACUCUAUGUCCUCUGCUGCAAUGACACCUGCAGUUUCACCUGGACUGGAGCUGAGCACAUUAACCAGGACAUAUUUGAGUGUCGAACUUGUGGCCUACUUGAUUCGCUCUGCUGCUGCACCGAGUGUGCAAGGGUGUGCCACAAAGGACACGACUGCAAGUUGAAAAGGACUUCUCCUACAGCUUACUGUGAUUGCUGGGAGAAAUGCAAAUGCAAAACACUAAUAGCUGGCCAGAAGGCUGCUCGCCUUGAUUUGCUUUACAGACUUCUAACAACAACAAACCUGGUCACUACACCAAACAGCAGAGGCGAGCAUAUAUUACUGUUCCUGGUUCAAACUGUUGCCAGGCAGAGUGUCGAGCACUGUCAGUACAGGCCACCGCGCAUCAGAGAAGACAGGAACCGUAAAGCUCCAAAUGCAGAAGACUCUGAUAUGCCAGACCAUGACCUGGAACCUCCCCGCUUUGCUCAGCUGGCUCUGGAGAGGGUCCUACAGGACUGGAAUGCCCUCAAAUCUAUGAUUAUGUUCGGUUCUCAGGAAAACAAAGACCCUCUCAGUGCCAGCAGCAGAAUCGCCCACCUCCUGCCUGAAGAACAGGUGUACUUGAACCAGCAGAGUGGCACCAUCCGCCUCGACUGUUUCACCCACUGCCUCAUUGUGAAGUGUGCUCCUGACAUCACCUUCAUAGACACGCUACUGGGAACUCUGGUGAAGGAGCUGCAGAACAAGUAUACACCGGGCAGGAGAGAGGAGGCGGUAGCUGUUACUAGAAGGUUUCUGCGCUCUGUUGCUCGGGUGUUUGUCAUCCUCAGCGUAGAGAUGGCUUCCUCGAAAAAGAAAAACAACUUCAUCCCGCAGCCCAUCGGGAAAUGCCGGCGUGUUUUCCAGGCUCUGCUUCCCUAUGCUGUGGAGGAGCUGUGCAACGUCGCAGAGUCGCUGAUCGUCCCGGUGAGGAUGGGGAUAGCCAGGCCUACGGCUCCUUUUACUCUGGCCAGCACCAGCAUAGAUGCAGUACAGGGCAGCGAGGAGCUUUUCUCCGUGGAGCCGCUUCCUCCGAGACCUUCGCCGGACCAAUCCAGCAGCUCCAUCCAAACAGUUGCUUCUUAUAUCAUUAGGAACCCUCAGCCCAGACGGAGCAGCCAGUCUCAGCCCGUCAGAGGAAGAGACGAGGAGCAGGAUGACAUCGUGUCAGCAGAUGUAGAAGAGGUUGAAGUUGUGGAAGGAGUUGCUGGGGAGGAAGACCAUCAUGAUGACCAGGAGGAGCAGGGUGAGGAAAAUGCUGAAACUGAAGGUCAGCAUGAUGAGCAUGAUGAAGAUGGAAGCGACAUGGAGCUGGACCUGCUGGCAGCCGCUGAGACGGAGAGCGACAGCGAAAGUAACCACAGCAAUCAGGACAACGCCAGCGGCCGCAGGAGCGUCGUCACGGCAGCGACUGCCGGCUCUGAAGCAGGCAGUAGGGUCUCCUUGGCCUUUCCUAUUUUUGGUGCCAGCAGUGUCCCUGCCUUCUUUUCAGAGGACGACUCCCAAUCCAACGACUCCAGUGACUCGGACAGCAGCAGCAGCCAGAGUGACGACGUCGAGCAGGAGACUUUCCUCUUGGACGAGCCGCUGGAGAGGACGACGAGCGCCUCGCACGCCAACACGGCAGCCCAGGCUCCUCGCUCCAUGCAGUGGGCUGUUAGGAACACUCCAAGCCAAAGAGCCAGCGGAAGCGGCCCUUCAAGCUCCUCAACACCAGCUGCGAGCUCAACCGGCUUGAUUUACAUCGACCCUACAAACCUGCGGCGCUCCAGCGCCAUCAGCUCCAGCGCCGCAGCGGCCGCCGCAGCACUCGAAGCCAGCAACACCAGUAGCUACCUGACGUCAGCCAGCAGCCUGGCCCGAGCCUACAGCAUCGUCAUCAGGCAGAUAUCAGACCUGAUGAGUCUGAUUCCGAAGUAUAAUCACCUCGUCUACUCGCAGUAUCCCGCUGCCGUCAAACUCUCCUACCAAGACGCAGUCAACCUGCAGAAUUACGUUGAAGAGAAGCUGAUCCCCACUUGGAACUGGAUGGUUUCCAUCAUGGAUUCCACCGAGGCUCAGCUGCGGUACGGCUCGGCUCUGUCGUCUGCCGGAGACCCCGGCCACCCCAGUCACCCUCUGCAUGCCUCACAGAACUCCGCUCGCCGCGAACGCAUGACCGCCCGGGAGGAGGCCAGCCUCCGUACUCUGGAAGGACGGAGGAGAGCAGCAACACUGCUGACCGCUCGUCAGGGCAUGAUGUCCGCCCGGGGAGACUUCCUGAACUACGCCUUGUCUCUUAUGCGCUCGCACAAUGACGAGCACUCUGAUGUGCUUCCUGUUCUGGAUGUUUGCUCGCUGAAACAUGUGGCCUACGUGUUUCAGGCUCUGAUUUACUGGAUAAAGGCCAUGAAUCAGCAGACCACCUUGGACACUCCGCAGAUGGACAGGAAAAGGAAUCGAGAGAUUCUGGAGCUCGGUUUGGACAACGAGGAUUCUGAGCAUGAGAACGACGAGGACACCAAUCAGAGUUCGACUCUGCAGGACAAGGAUGAGGAUUCGGUUCCUACGGAAACGGGUCAGAAUCACCCCUUCUUCCGCCGCUCUGACUCCAUGACCUUCUUGGGAUGCAUCCCACCCAACCCCUUCGACGUCCCUCUAGCGGAGGCCAUCCCUUUGGCCGACCAGCCCCACCUUCUGCAGCCAAAUGCAAGAAAGGAGGAUCUCUUUGGGCGUCCCUCUCAGGGCUUGUACUCUUCGUCUUUCAUGACAACCAAAGGCCUGGCUGAGACGAGCACGGAUAGGAACUGCUUGGAGAUCCUGCCAACUAAGAUGUCGUACACCGCCAACCUAAAGAACGUCAUGAGUAUGGAAGGAGGCCAGCAGAGCUCUGAGAACCAGAUCAUGGGGGAGCAGGAGAUGGAAACCUCCAAACCAGGCCCUUCACCACAUGACCUGGCUGCCCAGCUGAAGAGCAGCCUGCUGGCUGAGAUCGGCCUCACAGAGAGCGACGGUCCUCCUCUUCCAUCCUUCAGACCUCAGUGCAGUUUUAUGGGGAUGAUGAUUUCACACGACAUGCUGCUCGGCCGCUGGCGCCUCUCACUUGAGCUCUUUGGUCGUGUCUUCAUGGAGGAUGUAGGAGCUGAGCCUGGAUCGAUUCUCACAGAGCUUGGCGGCUUCGAGGUCAAGGAAUCCAAGUUCAGACGGGAGAUGGAGAAGCUGAGAAACCUUCAGUCUCGAGACCUGGCCCUGGAGGUGGACCGUGACAGAGACCAGCUAAUACAGCAGACCAUGCGUCAGCUGAACGCCCACUUCGGCAGGCGGUGCACGACCACACCCAUGGCUGUGCACCGAGUGAAGGUCACCUUCAAAGACGAGCCAGGAGAGGGCAGCGGCGUGGCUCGCAGCUUCUACACGGCCAUCGCUCUGGCCCUGCUCUCCAACGAUAAGCUGCCCAACCUGGACUGCGUUCAGAGUGUCAGCAAGGGCAUGCAGGCCAGCAGUACGUGUCAUCACGAUUACAAUUCAAAUCUGAUGCAACGUUUGAGAAACAGAGACAGAGAAAGGGAGCGGAGAAGUGGAGGACUUCGAGCGGGAUCUCGGAGAGACCGAGACAGGGAUUCUAGAAGGCAGCUCUCUAUAGAUACCAGGCCAUUCAGGCCUUCCUCUGAGGGUAACCCCAGCGACGAGCCCGACCCUCUGCCUGCACACAGACAGGCUCUUGGAGAGCGCCUUUACCCACGAGUUCAUGCAAUGCAGCCGGCAUUUGCCAGUAAAAUCACGGGGAUGUUGCUGGAGCUGUCUCCUGCUCAGCUGCUGCUGCUCCUGGCCAGCGAGGAUUCCCUGCGAGCCAGGGUGGAGGAAGCCAUGGAGCUUCUCAUCGCACACGGAAGGGAAAAUGGAGCAGACAGCAUCCUGGAUCUGGGUCUCCCUGAAGCUUCUGAAAAGGCACAGCAGCAGGAUAACCGUAAGCGGCAUGGUUCAACACGCAGCGUCGUCGACAUGGAGUUGGACGACCCAGACGACGGCGAUGACAACGCUCCUCUUUUCUACCAACCCGGCAAGCGAGGCUUCUACUCCCCUCGACCGGGUAAAAACACAGAAGCCAGGCUGAACUGUUUCAGGAAUAUCGGGAGAAUAUUGGGGCUCUGCUUGCUGCAGAACGAACUCUGUCCGAUCACACUGACGAGACACGUCAUCAAAGUGUUGCUUGGCAGAAAGGUGAACUGGCAUGACUUUGCCUUCUUUGACCCGGUCAUGUACGAGAGCUUGAGGCAGCUGAUCCGCCACUCGCAGACGGGUGAAGCAGACGCCGUGUUUGCCGCCAUGGAUCUGGCCUUCGCUAUUGACCUGUGCAAGGAGGAAGGAGCUGGACAGGUCGAGCUUCUGUCUGGUGGCGUCAACAUGCCAGUGACUCCGCACAACGUCUACGAGUAUGUGAGGAAAUACGCGGAGCACCGGAUGCUGGUGGUGGCUGAGCAGCCUCUCCAUGCGAUGAGAAAAGGCUUGCUGGAUGUUCUUCCUAAAAACGCCCUGGAGGACCUGACGGCCGAAGACUUCAGGCUGCUGGUUAACGGCUGUGGAGAAGUCAACGUUCAGAUGCUGAUCAGCUUCACUUCUUUCAACGAUGAAUCAGGGGAAAACGCAGAUAAACUUCUCCAGUUUAAACGAUGGUUUUGGUCCAUAGUAGAAAAGAUGAGCAUGACCGAGAGGCAGGAUCUGGUGUACUUCUGGACGUCCAGCCCCUCUCUGCCUGCCAGCGAAGAGGGCUUCCAGCCAAUGCCCUCCAUCACCAUCAGGCCUCCAGAUGACCAGCACCUCCCCACAGCCAAUACCUGCAUCUCGCGUCUCUACGUGCCACUCUACUCCUCAAAACAGAUCCUUAAACAGAAACUCCUGCUAGCCAUUAAGACCAAGAACUUUGGUUUUGUGUAGAGUUUCAAGUUAAAGUGUUGGAAUAAAAAGGAAGGUUUACUGUUUAAUAUUUACCUAGUUCCAUUUUUGUAGAUUCAUUUUUUUGUCCAGUUUUAAGAGAUGAACAUAUGGUCUCUGUCUCCCCAUGAGUUAAUAUUUGUUUGUGUUGUGAACACAAACUGCAUCUUUUUAUUUUGAUUUUUAUAGUUUUCUGUUUUUCUUUUGUGGUAAUGAAGAGGUCCAUAACAUUCCUGCAAUGGCAUUGUAAAAUGUAAAGCCCACCGCUCUGUUCUAUUGGCUUAAACCUCUGCUUCCCAUGAACUGGGUUUGCCAGGAAGCUGUCAGCCGAAGAUCCUAGCCAAAGAUGACAGCAGUAGACUUAUUAUUAAAAGACAAACAUACGCACUGUGGUUACCAUUAUUUUUUCCUUCCCUGUGAAAGUACUAUCUCUGACAGAUCACUGCUGCCUUUGAGGAAAGUUUUUUUUUCUUGUACAGGGGGAGUAGGGAAUUUCAAAAUAAACUUGGAUGUAAAUAA